GUGCGUGUGUGUGUGUGCGUGUCUGUGAAAGAGAGAGAGGGAGAGAGAUCGCACAUGCUCACUGCUGUUGCAGUCUGCUCGCAUAGCAGCCCUUCCUUCAGGAGUGCAACGUAAGUUGUAUUUAUCAUGCUGCGCUCUCAUGUUCAUUGCGCGAUGUUUGUGUCGUGUACAUUAGCUGCCGUGUGUUCUAUCAGGUGGAAUGUGGUAUAACUUGCAUGUUUAUGCUGCUUCGUUGAAGUGAAUAUCUUUAGUGCGAGUGAGAUGCACUUAUUAGAUAGUAUAGCCGCGCGUGAUCAAUGAAACAACAGAAAUGUAACUUAAUAUACGUAUGAACAGAAUUGUGUAUGCACGCUGCGUACAAGGCACGGUGUUACUUUAGCAGGUUCAUUAUGGUGCACAUAUACACUAGUUAGCAGGUUAAUUAUAGUGCACAUAUACACUAGUUAGCAGGUUAAUUGUAAAUAAUAUGAGGUUGUUUUUCACGAGCCCGAGAGGAAAGAAAGGUCUCAACAUUUUGCUAAUCCGCGCUUAUUUGGAAAACACAAGUGCGUACGUGUGCACAUUCGCACAUUUUAAAGUGUGACCUCAGCUGCGACCGAGUCAUCUGGAACCAUAAAGGACGCGCAGAUUGAAUCAUCCUCGCUAAAUGGCAGACCGCGCGUAACGUCGCUCCGCUAACGGCCGGAUGCCGAGAGCACAUUACAGAAAAAAUCCCAUUCACGCCACGCAGGAGGUCUCGCGCCGGCGUGCGGUUAACGGCGAAGCGCUGAGGGAUAGAUAAUUCGCAGUCGCGUAGAAGGAAAACAGGAAAACAAGAGACGGUGGGAAAAAAACCCCCCAAAAUAAAGUGGUUAUUCAAGCAUUACAGACAUACCUUUUUAUUCUGCCCCCCCCCCUCGACCCUUGGCUUCCCACCACACUGAAAAUAAAUAAAUAAAGAUGCCCGCUUGGAAGGAACACCCUGUUUUCAAAGGGAUGGCCAAUAAAGGCGUAUGAAGGCCAACAAAAGUGUACUUGUAGUCGUGCAGCGUAGGCCCCCGUCACGCGCAGGAAAUUCUCGGCCCCGCACGGCCCUCUUGUUUAUGUAAUGGCUGGCAGUGAAAACGCGUCCAAUGUGCAUUAAUAGUCGGGAGCAAUUUUACGGCAGAUUUGCCCACGUGGGAUGUUUAAACAGCUCCCUGGGGGGGGGGCGGUGGAUGAGGAGGGAGCCUGGAGAGAGAGAGGGCAGCUCAUCGCAGGAAAGCUACAAGCGGGUGUAGUGGCGCGCGAUUGAACAAGUGCUCAUUGUCAAGGGCAGGAAAGUUGGCUGCAGAGAUUAUGUUGACCGAGAAUCGAUAAGCUCGGGCAGUAGAACAGUAACCAAAUAAUUUACCAACAUUCGUCGAGGCUUGUCAGUCGUGUUUUUUUUGUUCCUAUUAAUGUUUGUCAAACCCUGUCUUUUUUUAACAUUCCUUUUUUGUUUUCAACCAGGCACAGCAGUUGACUUGUUUACGCUGUAAUUCAUGAAGGACAUAAAUUAAUAGCUUGCCAAAGAACAAAACCUUUUUCUCAAAGUCAUUUUAAUUUGUUUCGACAAUUCAAUGGUGUACGGCCGCACUGAUGAAGACACGGACUCGCCUGUCGUCCGUCAUUAAGCGGGGGUGACGACAGAUGGAGUCGCGGUGGCUGGACCAACAAGCCGUGCCCUACACCCUCAAGAUGUCGUCCGUGCAGCGUUUCGGAAGUGUCCUCGUGGAGAGAAGCCCCAUGGGCCCUGUGCACUACAGCCCUGCUAGCCUACAGGACGCGCAACCGCCCGCUGCCGGCCCCCGCCGUCCAAGCACUGAGCCCACAGCUGCCCCGUUGCACAGCUUGCCUCGCUAUGGCGAAACGGCGGGGAGGAGGAAUGGAUUACCGCACCAUCGCUCCUGGGCCUCUGCAGACGGCGAACAUCACGCAGGAACCCAACAACAGUAUCAGCAGCCGCAGCAGAAUCUUGAUCAGCAGCAUCAUCAACAACAGCAGCUCUAUCAGCAUCACCAUGACCAUCACGGUCUCCAUCAUAAUAAUAAUCAUCACCAUCAACACGUUGGUCCCCAUGCAGCGCCACAGAAAAACACCGUCAUUAAUUUGGCAAGUGGAAAGGCCAAGGAGGUUUCUGGGGAUUGGUCCAAGGUGGCCGCAUUGUCUCCGUCCACUGGUAGCAGUGUUGGCGGUGGACCCAGCAGUGGAAGUGGUGGCAGCGGUGGUGGUGGUGGUGGCCACCAGCCAGCUUCGACCACAAAUCCGCCGGGUGUGGUGAUGCGGAGGGCAGGUGGCCGCAAGGUGAAGGCGGAAACGGGCAGCCAGCGUGAGAGUCAGCUGUUCGCGAUGGAACUCGCAGAGCUUAUGUCCAGCGCCACGGCAAACUCGGAGACGCGCGAUCUCGGCCUCCCGGGCCUCCCGCUGGGCGGUCUUCUGACGCCGGCCGAUGUGGAGGGCCUUCUGAAGCGGGCGUACGGACGUGAGGGCAUUGAGUCGUGCCUCCACAUCCUGUUGCGCUGCUCUGAGGACCUAAAGCAGUGCACCGAGAUUAUCCGCAGGAGCAUCCGGCAGCGGAAGAGCUCGCCCAACGGCGGCGGCGGCAGUGACGAAGACGCAGAGACCCAGUACCGGCAGCUCGUGUCGCAGCUGUCGAUGCACUUGAGAAAGCUGCCGACCCCGCAGGAGGGCUUGGAUGGACCUCGGCAAGAGGCGCUCGCUGACUUCCUGCAGAGCCUCUGUGAGCUGCAGGGGGUGGCGGAGCAUGGGGGCGAGCGGCCGCCCCGAUACGAGGAUGUCGUCGGGCCUGUGAUCCCGGACGCUGUUGGCGGCGCUAAAGCUGGGAGCCCCCUCGAAGGGCUGUCGGAUGAUGAGCGUGUUGCCGCUGCCAGAUCGCCGGUUAGUGACGUCCUCUCGGGUUCGGUGCCCGUGCAAAUUCGGCGGGUCUUACCAGAAGAAGGGGUCGGAUGUACGGAGGCCUUGCACAUCGUGGAAGAACGAGAAGAUGUUGGCGUGAGCCCCAAGUCCUCUCUUCCAACUACCGCUCAGGGCCAAGGUCUCUUUCUCUCAUCAGACAAACAGUUGCAAAGCCCAAGAUAUGUUUAUGCACCUUGGGUUUCUAGACAAUGGAACUUGGAAGCAGUGGGGUCUCCUUCGCAGGUCAUCGGUAAGCAGGGCCUAGUACAGGAUUUUCCUAGAGCCGGGCAAUUCACCCAUGAUGGCGUGAGUGGGGUGACCCUUCCGGAGACAGGUGCGGCAGUGGCGCAUCGUACGGGCAUGCAGCGUCCUUCAGUGAUCGUCAGCCACCGAGGAAACCGUCCGGGAGAGCGGCAUGUGGAGACAUCCCCAAGCCACGAGGAGGAGAUGAUGGAUCUCGAAAGGUUAAUCAAUGAGUUGGAGGAAUUCUCUCGCAGCGCGGGUUGCGCAGAUAACGGUGGCAGCGGGGACACGGCGACGCGGAAACAUUCGGCAACAGCACCCAGCGCCUCAACCGGGACGGCGAUCUCGGCAAGCGGACUCCGCUCCGACAAGGAGGCUGUAGAUCGAGAGAAUCAGGUUCAACAUCGGGUUAUUGGAUCGGCUCGUUCUACAACAACAGAUUCUCCGCUCGUUGACGGCGUCAAGCAGUCGUAUCGGAUCGAAUCGCUCGCCAACAGAUGGGGCGCCGGGAGACAUGGAGCUGAUCAGGUGGUGCUCAGUCAGUCGCCGAGGGUGCUGAAGGUCGCGCCCGCAAGCAGCACAGCCGCCGGCGUCAAGGACAAGAAGUCGCUGCCUCCGGCACUGCCCAAGCCGCAGGUGGCGCCGGCUCACUCGCUCGUGCCGCGCUUCUACUUCCCGCACGGCCGCCCGGCGCCCACCGGCCCCACGUCGGACCAGAUGAUCGAGCGGGUGGAGGAGUCGUUCACGCCUUACCCGGACGAGCGCGCCGACAUUCAUCAGAUGGCCACCGUGGCCAAGGCCUGUGGCUGCCCUGUUUACUGGAAGUCGGCGCUGUUCCAUGCGGCGAGCGGGGAGCGAACGGGUUUCGUGUCCGUGCACACCUUUGUGGCCAUGUGGAGAAAGCUCUUGCGAACUUGCCACGACGACUCGGCCAAGUUUGUCGCUCUGCUCGCGCGUCCCGGCUGCAGUUACCUGGUGCAGGAGGACUUCAUCCCCUUGCUGCAGGACAUCGUGGACAGUCACCCUGGGCUCACAUUUUUGAAGGAGGCACCGGAAUUCCACUCGCGGUACAUCACAACGGUGAUCCAGAGAGUGUUUUACACUGUGAAUCGCUCGUGGUCGGGACGGAUUUCGCUGACCGAGCUACGGAAAAGCAACUUCCUGCAGACGCUGGCGCUACUCGAGGAGGAGGAGGACAUCAACCAAAUCACCGACUACUUCUCCUACGAGCACUUCUACGUCAUCUACUGCAAGUUCUGGGAGCUGGACACGGACCACGACCUCUACAUUGACCGCAAGGACCUGGAAAAGCACAACGACCACGCGAUCUCAAGCCGGAUGAUCGACAGGAUAUUCUCCGGAGCUGUCACGAGGGGACCGGCCACCAAGCGCGAGAAGCGGAUGAGCUACGCCGACUUUGUGUGGUUUCUCAUCUCGGAAGAAGACAAAAAGACCGCGACGAGCGUGGAGUACUGGUUCCGCUGCAUGGACCUGGACGGCGACGGCGUUCUGUCCAUGUACGAGCUGGAGCACUUCUACGGCGAGCAGUGCGCCCGCAUGGACAAGCUCGGCAUCGAGCCCCUGCCGCUCAGCGACUGCCUCUGCCAGAUGCUCGACCUCGUCAAGCCCCAGGUGGAAGGCAAAAUCACGCUGAAGGAUCUGAAGCGGUGCAGAAUGGCGUACGUCUUUUUCGACACGUUCUUCAACCUCGAGAAGUACCUGGAGCACGAGCAGAAGGACCCCUUCUCCGUCCAAAAGGAGGCAGACGGGGAGGUGCCCGAGUCCUCGGACUGGGAUCGCUACGCCGCGGAGGAGUACGAGAUCCUGGUCGCAGAGGAGUCGGCAAACCAGCGGAUGCAGGCCAUCUCGUACGAGGAGGAUCUGGAGGAGGCGCUGCUGGGGAAGCAGGUCGGGCGACUAACCCUGAGCGACCCUCCCAACCCAACCACGCGCUUCAGCGACGACCAGUAUGAGUACGACGACGACUUCGAGUACUGAACGCGACGACAUCGCCCUCCCGUGUCCCUUCCCUGCCCGUCUGCCCGCACACCCAUCCGUCCGUCUGUCCAUAUAUUUGCCCUGUCUGCUUGCCGAUCCAACCAUUCAUCCAUCCGCGUGUACAUUUUUAAUUCUCUUCCGUCUUCUUUACGUCCAUCUUUCCGCCUUUUAAUUUGUCCAUCCUUUCGUCACUUAUCUUGUCCGCCUGUAAAUCUUUCUACACAUCAGCUUGUCUGUCCAUAUUGACUGAAUACCAAAAGGCUAAAUGCUUAUUGUGCGCGUGCGUCUCUAUAUUUCUGUAUCCGUCACUUUCACAAACUCUCACCGUCUAGCUGUCUGUACGGCUCUCAUUGAGGGAGACUCAUGCCGGAUUCUUUCUCAAAUCCAUGCAUUUGUACAUAGACCACAGAGGACUCUGCAGGUCACGCUGAGGUUAGGUUCAUUGAAGCCAAACCAAACAGGGCCGAGUACAGCCUUCGCUUCUAUCGGUGGCUAGUCCAAGUGAAGCUCAGCACUGGCCAGGCACAGUGAGCAACUUGGUAGCCCCUUGCUGUGAUGUGUUGACGCCCCAGCGGUGUCUCAGCGUUUUUUCCCCCCGGCUUGGCCGUGCUAAACCGGGCUAGAAUUGAUGACGCAGCGCUAAGCAGGACGAGGGACGGCUUUUUAUAGGCUUGGGCUAUGCUGGGCUGGUUCUCAGCGUUGCAGAGUUAACGUGUUUGAAUUAACCGUGUGUUAAUGUAAUCGGAUCGCCAAAGCCAAGUAUUUGUAAUCCUGCGUUAUUACUCUUUGGGUGUUUUUUUUGUAUGUAAUCAGAUCAUGGUUAGGUAGCAUGUAGCGGUAAACUACUUCUUGUGAUUACUUUCAUUUUGUUGCAUUCGUAAGUGUUAAAAUAACAAUUACAACGGGGAAU